AUGGCGGAGCACAUCUGGCACCAGUUCUUCUCCAUCCUCGCCUGGAUCAUCGCCGAUGCCGACCUGGCCCGCCGCACGCUCGACCAUGCCGCGGACGAGCUCGAGGGGGCCAUUGACCACCACGCGUCCAACGUCUACUCGGCCAGCGACGCGCCGGUCCGGCGCUUCCUCCGCCGCUACGUCUUCGACACCGCCCGUGACCGCGUGGCCGCCCUCAGCAGCGAGGAGCCUCGGCCGGUCGCCGCGGACGCCGCCGCCCUGCCCCUGCGUCCCAACCGCGGCCUCCUCAUGAACGUGAAGGCGGGCAUCGACCUGCUGCUGGCCUCGGAGCCGUCCGCCGGCGUGAUGCGCGCCUUCUUCCUGCGGGACACGCGGCAGAGGAGCCGCCACGACUGCUAUCCGGUCUGGUUCGCCGGCGUCCAGUCCGCCGUCGCUAACGCGGUCCGCAGGCUGUCCCGGGCGCGGUUGGAGCUGGGGGGCGUGUGCUCCGACGUGGAGGAGUUCCUCGCCGUGCCGGUGCCGGCCCAGUCCCAGGGAGCCGGCGAGGCAUGCGCCGCCACGGCUCGCCACGCCCGUUCGGGCGUUGCCAACUUGGACGCCCUCGUCCAGAUCCUGCGUGUGCUCGAAGAGGAGCUCGAGGACGAACCCCCUACCGCCCGUGUCGUGCACUUCUUCGGUUACGUUCCACCGCCGCCGCCGCCACCACCUCCGGCCAACGGCGCAGUCGACGUCCAGGUCCAGCAGGAGGAGCAGCAGCCGGAGGCGCCGCGUAGCCGGCCGCUGGAGACGCAUAACUUCAAAAUUUUGGUCUAUGCUUGGAUAUCACAAAGUUUUGUGCAGUGCGAAGACCCUACGAUGAGAUUGGAGGAAGCAGGGCAGAAAUAUUUGGAUAGAUUAGUGGAUUUGGGCUUCUUCCAAAAGGAUGGCUCAUGCUAUGUUAUGCAUGAUCUAAUGCAUGAAUUGGCAGGGACGGUUUCAUCAAAUGAGUGUGCUACUGUACAUGGAUUGAAACAUGUGGCAAUUCGACCAAGUGUUCGCCAUUUGUCAAUCAUAACAACUGUUUUUGAUAAAGAUGAAUAUGGCAGUCUUCCUAAGGAGAAGUUUGACAAAAUACUUCAGAAGGUUGGGCCUUUGCAAAAAUUAAGGACCUUUAUGUUGUUUGGGCAAAGCAGCAUACAUUUAUUAGGGUCCUUACAUACUUUAUGCAAGAAGGCAAAAUGUUUACGGUUCCUAAGAAUUUGGGUGGCAUUUACUGACAUGAGCUUUAUAAACAGUUUAUUAAAUCUAUGCCAUCUUCGCUAUCUUGUAUGUGUUAGUGUUGUCACCCCGAGUGUUUGGUCAGAUGGAUUCUACACCAACAUUGCAUUUCCUCAAGCAUUGACAAGAUUUUAUCACCUUCAAGUAUUGAAUGUGGGUGUUCAAGGCAACCUUGUUGUGCCUACCGAUAUGUAUAAUCUUGUUAAUUUGUGCCAUCUUAUUUCUCAUGAGAAAGCACAUCAUGCAAUAGCUUGUGUUGGCAACAUGACGUCUCUUCAGGAACUAAGAUUCAAAGUUCAAAAUGCUGACAGUUUUGAGAUAAGUCAACUUCAGUCCAUGGAUGAGCUUGUACAACUUGAAAUUUCUCAACUUGAAAAUGUGAAGACUAAAGAAGAGGCGAUGGGAGCCAGGCUGUUCGACAAAGAGUAUCUAGAAAUAUUGUCCUUGUCGUGGGAGGAUAACAGCACGAGCCUUCAACCAGAGGCAGCAAAGGACGUGCUUGAAGGUCUCCAACCACAUCAUGAUCUCAAAAGUCUAGAAAUAACAGGAUAUGGUGGUGCUACCUCCCCAACCUGGCUUUCCAGUACUCUCUCAGUCACCUCACUGCAGAUACUUCAUCUAGAGAACUGCAGGGAAUGGAAAAUUCUUCGAUCUAUUGAAAUGCCUUCCCUUAGGAAGCUAACAUUGAUCAGGAUGUUGAAUUUGAUGGGAAUCUCAGUUCCUUCCUUGGAAGAGUUGACCUUGAUUGAUAUGCCAAAAUUGGAAAAAUGUAUUGGUUCUUAUGGAAUGGAAUUGACUUCCAGUCUAAGUGUUUUGAUGAUGAAGAACUGCCCUCAACUGAAUGAGUUCACUCUUUUCCAGAGUUACUCUUCUUUCGAUGCACAGCAGAAGUCAUGGUUUACGUCUCUUGGUAAACUCUCCAUCGGGCAGUGUCCUCGUAUAAUGAACAACUGGCCAAUCCUCCCACUAAGAGAAAUGAGGGCGCUCAAGGAGUUGGAGUUGAUGGACCUGCAUGAUGUCAGAGAAUUAACAGUUCCUUCUCUGGAGAAGUUGGUUAUCCUGAUAUUCCAUAACCUUAGGGGCAUAACAUCAUUUGUUAUAGGGCACUGUCCAAAUUUGGCCUCUCUUUCAAGUGAAGCUUUCAGCCAGCUCAUCGCUUUAGAAUGUUUAUAUAUAUUCAACUGCCCUAAUCUGAAUAAGUCAAACAUUAUGUCAGAGGUUCUCCCGCCCUCACAAAGGUUUGCAUGA